AUGGAUCCGCCGGCGGGAGCCGCUCGCCGCCUGCUCUGCCCCGCUCUCCUGCUGCUGCUGCUGCCGCCGCCGCCGCCUCUCCUGCUGCUGCCGCCACCGCCCGCGAGCGCCCGGCUCGCCGCCGCCACCGAGCCCCCAGGCGGGCCCCCGGGGCGCGGAGCCGAGCGCAUCCUGGCGGUGCCGGUGCGCACUGACGCCCAGGGCCGCUUGGUGUCCCACGUGGUGUCUUUGGAGACGGCCGGAGCGGGGGUACGGGCCCGCAGAGCCGCCCCGGUGCAGACCUCAGGCUUGCCCAGAGGCGACGCUCAGGACCCCGGAGGACGCCUCUUCUACAAUCUCACGGUAUUCGGCCGAGACCUGCACCUGCGGCUGCAUCCAAAUGCUCGCCUCGUGGCUCCGGGGGCCACCCUGGAGUGGCAGGGUGAGACCGGUAACACCCGGGUGGAGCCCCUGCUUGGGACUUGUCUCUACGUUGGGGACGUGGCAGGCUUACCUAAAGCCUCCUCCGUGGCGCUCAGUAACUGCGAUGGGCUGGCUGGUCUGAUCCGGAUGGAGGAGGAGGAGUUCUUCAUCGAGCCCCUGGAGAAGGGGCAGAAGGAUCAGGAGGCUGACCAAGGUCGAGUGCAUGUGGUAUACCGCCGACCACCCGGUCCCAAACCCGCUCCUUUGGAGGGACCACAGGCUCUGGACACAGGAGCCUCCCGGGGCAGCCUGGACAGCCUCAGCCGAGCCCUGGGCGUCCUGGAGGAGCGAGUCAACAGCUCGAGGCGGAGGGUGCGCAGGCAUGCUACAGACGAUGACUUCAACAUCGAAGUCCUGCUGGGCGUGGACGACUCAGUGGUGCAGUUCCAUGGGAAGGAGCACGUGCAGAAGUACCUGCUGACACUCAUGAACAUCGUCAAUGAGAUCUACCAUGACGAGUCGUUGGGGGCCCAUAUCAACGUUGUGCUGGUGAGGAUUAUCCUGCUGAGCCACGCGAAGUCCAUGAGCCUCAUUGAGAUUGGGAACCCCUCUCAGAGUCUGGAGAAUGUCUGCCGAUGGGCCUACCUCCAGCAGAAGCCAGACACAGACCAUGAUGAGUACCACGAUCACGCCAUCUUCCUCACACGGCAGGACUUCGGGCCCUCGGGCAUGCAAGGCUAUGCUCCUGUCACCGGGAUGUGCCACCCUGUCCGCAGCUGCACCCUGAACCAUGAGGAUGGCUUCUCCUCGGCAUUUGUGGUGGCUCAUGAGACAGGCCAUGUGCUGGGCAUGGAGCAUGACGGACAGGGCAACCGCUGCGGUGAUGAGGUGCGGCUGGGCAGCAUCAUGGCGCCUCUGGUACAGGCUGCCUUCCAUCGAUUCCACUGGUCCCGCUGCAGCCAGCAGGAGCUCGGCCGCUACCUGCAUUCCUAUGACUGCCUGCGGGAUGAUCCUUUCGCCCAUGACUGGCCGGCCUUGCCUCAGCUCCCAGGGCUGCACUAUUCCAUGAACGAGCAAUGUCGCUUCGACUUUGGCCUGGGCUACAUGAUGUGCACUGCGUUCCGGACCUUUGACCCCUGCAAACAGCUAUGGUGCAGCCACCCGGACAACCCCUACUUCUGCAAGACAAAGAAGGGUCCCCCUCUGGACGGAACUAUGUGUGCUCCUGGCAAGCAUUGCUUUAAAGGCCACUGCAUCUGGCUGACCCCUGACAUCCUCAAACGAGAUGGCAACUGGGGUGCCUGGACUCCGUUCGGCUCCUGCUCACGCACCUGUGGCACAGGUGUGAAGUUCAGGACCCGCCAGUGUGACAACCCACACCCAGCCAACGGGGGCCGCACCUGCUCGGGCCUGGCCUAUGACUUCCAGCUCUGCAACCCCCAGGACUGUCCCAACGCCCUGGCUGACUUCCGGGAGGAGCAGUGUCGACAGUGGGACCUGUACUUUGAGCACGGCAAUGCCCAGCACCACUGGCUGCCUCACGAGCACCGGGAUGCCAAGGAGAGAUGCCACCUCUACUGUGAGUCCCAGGAGACAGGGGAGGUGGUUUCCAUGAAGCGCAUGGUGCAUGAUGGAACACGCUGUUCCUACAAGGACGCCUUCAGCCUCUGUGUGCGUGGAGACUGCAGGAAGGUGGGCUGUGAUGGGGUAAUCGGCUCCCGUAAGCAGGAGGACAAGUGUGGCGUGUGUGGAGGCGACAACACCCACUGCAAGGUGGUGAAGGGCACGUUCACGAGGUCGCCCAGGAAGCAAGAGUACAUCAAAAUGUUCGAGAUCCCUGCAGGAGCCAGACACCUGCUCAUCCAGGAGGCUGACACCACCAGCCACCAUCUGUCUGUCAAGAACCUAGAGACAGGCAAGUUCAUCCUGAAUGAAGAGAACCACUUGGACCCCAAUUCUAGAUCCUUCAUUGCCAUGGGUGUGGAGUGGGAGUACAGGAAUGAGGAUGACAGGGAGACCCUACAGACCAUAGGCCCACUCCACGGGACCAUCACAGUGCUGGUUAUCCCCGAAGGAGACAGCCGGAUCUCACUGACAUACAAGUACAUGAUCCAUGAGGACUCGCUCAACGUCGAUGACAACAAUGUCCUGGAGGAUGACUCUGUGCGCCACGAGUGGGCCCUGAAGAAGUGGUCUCCCUGCUCCAAGCCCUGCGGUGGAGGGUCCCAGUUCACUAAGUACGGCUGCCGCCGGAGGCUGGACAGCAAGAUGGUGCACCGAGCCUUCUGCAGUGCCCUGGCCAAGCCCAAAGCCAUCCGCCGAGCUUGCAACCCUCAGGAGUGUUCCCAGCCUGUGUGGGUCGCCGGUGACUGGGAGCCCUGUAGUCAGAGCUGUGGGCGAAGCGGCAUGCAGGUGCGCUCCGUCCGCUGCGUUCAGCCUCUGCACAACAACACCACCCGGUCCGUGCAUACCAAACACUGCAAUGACCACCGUCCUGAGAGCCGCAGGGCCUGCAACCGUGAGCUCUGCCCUGGGCGGUGGCGGGCUGGGUCCUGGUCCCAGUGUUCGGUAACCUGUGGCAACGGCACCCAGGAACGGCCAGUCCUCUGCCGCACUGCAGAUGACAAUUUUGGUGUCUGUCGGGAGGAGCGGCCGGAGACAGCAAGGAUGUGCAGGCUUGCACCCUGUCCCCGAAACAUCUCGGAUCCCUCGAAGAAGAGCUACGUGGUUCAGUGGCUGUCCCGGCCUGACCCUGACUCACCCAUCCAGAAGAUCUCGUCAAAGGGCCAGUGCCAAGGCGACAAGUCAAUGUUCUGUAGGAUGGAAGUCUUGUCUCGCUAUUGCUCCAUCCCUAGCUACAACAAGCUCUGCUGCCAAUCCUGCAACCCGCCCCGAAACCUCAGCAACCCGGAGGACGGGGGUGUGGAUCCCCCACCAGGGAAGCACAAUGACAUCGAUGUGUUCAUGCCCACACUCCCCGCGUCCACGGUAGCUACACCGGGGCAGUCUUCACCAGCGCCUCCCCUGGAGGUCCCCCUCAAUGUCUCCAGCACCAAUGCCACCGAGGACCACCCGGAAACCAACGCUGUGGAUGUCCCCUACAAGAUCCAUGGCGUGGAGGAAGAGGUCCAGUCUCCCAACCUGAUCCCUCGACGGCCAAGCCUGUAUGUAAAGACGAGGAACCAAAGAAUCCAGGAGCUCAUUAAUGCAGUGCAGAAAAAAGAGAAGCUCGGAAAGUUCUAAUAAAAUGGAAAG